GGCGCGUUCUGGUAGAAAUUGCAGCGAAGCUCGUUUUCUGAAGGGAGAGGAGAGCUGGGCCAGUCGCGAGCUGCGUGUUUCUCCCUCGACUCUCAGACGGUGACGCGCCGCAGAGGCUGCCACGGAGCAGUGGGGACUGUUGGUUUCUCCAGGCAUGCGGGGUUUUAUUUGUAUCUCCUUCACCAGACUUUUCGCUUAAAGGCUUGCGGGCCAUAAAUGUUUGAUGUGAAAUAAAACCUUGGAGCAGCAGCAUGGGAAAAAAACGAACAAAGGGGAAAAACAUGCCACCAGAUGACUCACCGGAUGUAGCAGAACCUGUAUGCAAGCACCUUCGCAAAGGAUUGGAACAAGGUGGCCUGAAAAAGGUGUUGCAGAAUGUGGACUGGAGCUCCUGCCAGGAUUGCCGAACAUCAGACAGUGAGACCCGUGAGAAAUCUGAAGAGAAAGCAGAAGACGGACCUUCAAUAUGGUUAUGCUUGAAAUGUGGCCACACGGGCUGUGGCAGAAAUUCUCAAGAAAAACAUGCCAUAAAGCAUUAUGAAACACCAAGAUCAGAACCUCAUUGUUUGGUUCUCAGUUUGGACAACUGGAGUGUGUGGUGCUAUUUGUGUGACAACGAUGUGCCAUACAAUAGUAAUGGUCAAUUGGGCCAGCUUGUGGACUAUGUUAGAAAACAAGCACAUGUGAACAUGCAGAAUACAGCAUCAAAAGAAGAAGAAAACAAGCCAUUGGAAAACAAAAAAAUAAAGGACCACCGAAAUGAGGAAGAGAGGGAGAAAAAAGAGAUAUUGAUGAAGGACAACAAACUUCAUUUAAAUGGCAAUGCAGAAGUGACAGUGAAGGGCCUCAGUAACCUGGGGAAUACCUGUUUCUUUAAUGCAGUUCUGCAGAACUUAUCACAAACACCAGUUCUGAGAGAGCUGCUAAAGGAGGUUAAAAUGCCGGACUUGGCAGUUACGCUUGAACCACCAGAAUUCUCAAUAACGGAACCCAUGAUAGUUACACUUGAUCAGCCAAGACCUCUUACACUAGCCAUGUGUCAGUUUCUGACAGAAAUGCAAGAGACUAAAAAAGGAACUGUGACCCCCAAAGAACUCUUCUCUCAGAUCUGUAAAAAAGCUAUACGAUUUAAAGGUUAUCAACAGCAAGACAGCCAGGAACUGCUUCGCUAUUUAUUAGAUGGGAUGCGGACAGAAGAAAUCCAACGUAUUUCUGCUGGAAUUUUUAAGGCACUCAAUAAUUCUACUGAUAAAGAAAAUGAAGAACUAAAAAAGAAAAUCAAAGAGUAUGAAAAGGGAAAGGUGACACUGAGCUUUGUGGACCGUAUUUUUGGUGGAGAAUUAACAAGCACAAUCAUGUGUGAGGAGUGCCAAACUAUUUCGUUAGUGCACGAGUCAUUCCUUGAUUUGUCACUCCCUGUCUUAAAUGAGGGUGGCAAGAAAAAACCCAAUAAUAAUAAUAAUGUAAGAAAGAUGCAGGAAAAAGAGAUUGAAGAUGAUGAAGACAACACAGGGAAUGAUUGUUAUUUCAAGGAGAGAGAGGAGACUCCUGGUACAAGUAAGCAUCUCCUGAAAAAGGCAAAGAAAAUGGCCAAAAAGCAAUCAAAGAACCAACGCCGCCAGCAAAAAAUGCAAGAAAAGGUAAUCCCACUAACAGAUAUCUGUGCCACUGAAAAAACGGAAGGUGAUCAUGAUUGCAGCAGUGAAACUGUAGGAAAUGAUUCUGAGGGUACUAGCCUAAAACAAGACGAGGAGUCAUGUAACCCAUGUGAAGAGCAGUGCCUGGAUCAGAAAGAGAGUAUGAAUGAGCAAGAGGGAACAACUGAAGUACAGAAUGCUGAAGUACAGAAUGAAAAUACAGGAAGUUCUGACCAAGAGGCAAACAAUGAAGCCACAAUGGCUGUUACCACAGAAGGCUUGGUUUCUGCUAUACAGUGUAUUAAUAAACGUGACAAUCUGCCUGCCAAACACGAUAGUCUUGAUGAAGAUGAGGAUAUUACCAAUGGCUUUAACAAAUUAGCUUUGGAUGAAGAGCCUAGUGACGAUUCAGAAAGCUUGAAUGAUCUUCAUGAUUCUGAGACAAAAAUGUAUGAAGUAGUAAAUGAGGAUCCAGAAACAGCAUUUUGUACCCUUGCAAACAGAGAAGCUAUGAACACAGAAGAAGGUUCAGUGCUUCAUUGCUUAUAUCAGUUCACUCAUAAUGAGAAACUUUGCGAGAACAAUAAACUGCUGUGUGAUGUAUGCACACAGAGGCAAGUUUGUGGACCAAAGACCUCUGGAAAAAAUGUCAAGAAACAUGUAUACACUAAUGCCAAAAAACAAAUGCUUAUUUCUCUCGCUCCUCCAAUUCUAACGCUUCAUUUAAAAAGAUUUCAACAGACUGGAUAUAAUCUCCAAAAAGUGAACAAGCACAUAAAAUUUCCUGAAGUAAUGGACUUGGCUCCUUUCUGCUCGGUUAAGUGCAAGAAUGUUGUAGAGGGCAGUUCAAGAGUAUUGUACUCUUUGUAUGGUAUUGUUGAACAUAGUGGCACUAUGAGAUCUGGUCACUAUACUGCCUAUGUGAAGACGAGAGCUACUAACAACCAACUUUCUGAUCUUGUCCUCCAUGGCAAGAUUGGACAAACUUCAGAGACUGAAUCAUCCAAAGGACAAUGGUUUCAUAUUAGUGAUACACAUGUGCAAGCAGUGCCUCUAGCCAAAGUGAUGAAUUCACAAGCAUAUCUUCUAUUCUAUGAAAGACUACUGUAAAUGAGCCAUUUUCUUUUACAGCUGAUUUGAAAGCAAAGAAAGUUGCACCAAAAAAAAAAA